UUGGCCUUUUACAGCUAAUUCAACACAUGGCACCCUCGAGCUUCUUUCCAGCAAUGCAGGGCGGGUGGUUUUCUGGCAUAACAGAGGCCGCGUUGAGGUCUAAAGAGGCUGCAAUUCGUGGUUUUAGGACUGGGAUUUUUACCAGAGUGAUGAAGAGAGUAGCUUCUGCUAUAUUCACCUGCAUUUUUGCAUUGGGAGGUGCUAUGGUGGGAAUAUUUAUUGGAGUCAUCAAAGGCCAGACUACAGAAACUGGGUUCCUAAAUGGAGCAGUAAUAGGAGCUGUGACAGGGGCCCUUUCAGGCAUUCAACUAUUGGAAUCAGCAGCUGAUUCUGAGUCAUUGUCUAAGACUGCUCUCCUAGUUAGUAUAAUGAACGGGAAGGUCUUCAUGGAAUGGGUAUGUCCUGCAGUGCUAAAAGCCUAUCAGUGGCAAGAUAGGACCCUUGACACUACUAAUCGAGAAGUUUCAGAUAUAUAUGAUAUUGGUGGAGUUAGAGGAUUAUCCCACUGCUGCAUCCAAACGUUUCCUAUGCAUAAGUUCCAUUAUUCUAGCAAGAAGAUCAAAUCAUGUCCUGAUUUCUGUUGCUCCAUUUGCUUACAGGAUUUCAAGGAACAAGACCCUGUGAGAGAACUUCCCAACUGUGGACACCUCUUUCAUCAGUACUGCAUAGACAAGUGGCUAACCCGACAAGGCACUUGCCCAUUAUGUAGAGAACAUGUUUCUGAUGAAAUCGAUGAAUUGUAAACUACUGGGCUUCACCCUUCCACCAGAUCAGAAAAAUGGUGAUUGGUUUGUAGAAACUGUGAAUAUAAUGCUAGUAUCUGUCUGUCUGUCCGUCCGUCUUUUUGGAAUGAA